AGCACCCUUUCCUCCUGAUCCGAUCGAUUCUAAUAUUUCUUUACGUUUACCAAUUUGGACCUUUGCAUAUGGCGGACCCCACGCUUCACAUUCACACACUUUCGUCCCCUUCCUUCUUUGCUUUUGCAUGAACGAACCACACUUUUCUCGAAUCGAUUCUCUCCGCCGCUCACCGUCACUCAAUUUCUCUACCCUUCUUCUAUAAUUGUAACCUAUUGGUCAGGUGAACUUCAGUUCUUCUUGGUUUCAGUUACAGCUUGUGAAAGCUCAUAGAGCUUGUUUUGCAGCUUGCAAGUCUGAGGUUACUGUGUAUCUUCUACGAAGAAGUCCAUGUGAUGUGUGGAUAGAUAAGCAGUAAGGCAAUCCAAGAAGAAAGAUCGGGUUAAUGGGUGCCACAAACUCAAAAGUGGAAGAAGAUAAGGCUCUUCAGCUAUGUCGUGAAAGGAAAAAGUUUGUUAGAAGAGCACUUGAUGGAAGAUGUUCACUUGCAGCCACUCAUUUUACAUACAUAGAGUCUCUAACAAUUAUAGGGAAAGCAUUAAGUAGGUUUGUUGAACCUGAAGCUCCAAUGGAAUCCUCUUUAUACACAUCCACUAAUGCAACUCCUGAGCCACAAACAUUCAUCGAAAAAUCCCUUUCUCAAUUCUCUUUCUCUUCAACCAUGUCACAACAUAUAAAUGCACCUGGAAACCUAUCCCCAUCUCCUUCCCCACCAUCCUCUAGUAGGUAUUACACAAAUCAUAUGAAGAUUAGAGGCUCAUUUUCUAGAAAAGUUGAAGAAAAGCCAGUUAUAGCUGUCAUGGGUUCAGUAACUUCUUCAAGUACCCCAAGAAACAUCAUAGAUGAACCUGAACUGGAACCUGAACCUGAACCUGAAACCCCAUUUGGUGGUCCUGAAAGUCAACCUUGGGAUUAUUUUGGUCUUUCACAUCCAAUCGAUGAUGGGUUUUCUCCACAUGAAGUGAGGGAAUUGAAUGAAGGAGUGGAAAAUUACAAAGAUGAAAAGAUUUCAGAAAUGGGUCAAGAAUCAGAAGAUGAGUUUGAUGAGCCAUCAACAGAUGGGUUGGUUAGAAGUUUUGAGAAUGUUAAUAGGGUAGCAGAUAAUGUUAGUGGGACUGGUAAUGGUUUACAUUCAAUGUCAUCAGCAGAAACUGAAAUCUUGAAUGGGGACAAGUUUAAUUCUCCCCAAAUUUCACCAUUAAAGCGAAAAACUUCUGGUGUUAGUCAUGUUGGUAUCUCUCAAGAUGAAAAGAUUGAAGUGGUAAAAGGUCAUGAAAGUAAACCUGUACCUAAAGAUUUUAUUUCAAGUAUGAGAGAGAUUGAGAAUCUUUUUGUUAGAGCUUCUGAGUGUGGAAGAGAAGUUCCUAGAAUGCUUGAAGCCAACAAGCUCCAUUUUCGUCCAAUUUUCCCUGGAAAAGAACGUGGGUCAUUCAGUUCAAAAUUUAUAAAAGCAUGUCUUGCGUGUGGGGAUGAUCCAAGCCAAGUGCAGGAAGAACCUGCUCAAAAUGACACCAAGUACUUAACAUGGCCUCGGACAACAUCAUCUCGUGGUUCAUCCUUCAGACAUGAUCCGAGUCCGAAUGCCAACACGAGUCAAAGUCAAAAUCAAAAUCAGGAGGACAUUAACAGCAGCCUCUUUGAUAACUUCUACAUGAAUGCAGGAAGCCAUGCUUCCACUUUGGAUAGGCUUUAUGCAUGGGAGAAGAAGCUUUAUGAUGAAGUUAAGGCAAAUGAGAUGAUCAGAAAGGUGUAUGAUCAAAAGCGCAAACUUCUACGGGAAUUAGAAUCCAAUGGAGAAAGUAACCGCAGAAUAGACAAGACUCGUGCCAUAGUUAAAGAUCUUCAUUGGAGAAUUGGAGUUGCUAUCCACAGAAUCGACUCCAUAUCAAGAAGAAUCGAAGAUCUUAGAGACAAAGAACUUCACCCACAACUCGAAGAGUUGAUUCAAGGAUUGAGGAAGAUGUGGGAGAUGAUGCAUGAAUGCCAUAAGAGCCAGUUGUCAAUCAUAUCAUCAAUACAAAUAAAUUCACACACAAAAAUCUCACUACAAUCAGACUCACAUCGCCAGAUCACCAUCUACCUGGAAAGCGAAUUAAGAACUUUAUCAUCAAGUUUUACGAAAUGGAUCGGAUCCCAAAAAGCGUAUGUCCAAUCCUUAGACGGAUGGCUUCACAAAUGUGUCCCACCACAACAAUCCACCAAGAAAAAAAGACGACAACAGCCCUUGUUACGUGACUAUGGCCCACCAAUAUACGUCACCCUUGGUAUCUGGCUAGAAAAGCUUGAAACUUUACCAACAAAAGAAGUUGCAGACUCCAUAAAAGAUUUAGCUGCUGAAAUUGAUCACUUUAUCCCCCAAGAAAAAGCCCAGGGGGUGAAUUUGUUAAAUGAUGAACUUUUGGAGGACCGUUUUGAUCGGUUAAGGUUGAGAUUGGAGGGGUUUCUUGGACAGUUGAGUAACUUUUCAGGCUUGUCUAUGGAAAUGUUUACGGACCUUCAGAAGGCGAUUCAAGAUAGGAAGGCCAUGUUUUGUAUAUGGAGAAGGAAUAAUGGAAUAAACGUCAAGAACUUGUACAGCUUGAAUGGAGUCUCGGGUACAAUUUCGGCCCUGCCGGUGGGGAACACUUUGUAG